AUGGAUCACGUUGAAAUUCCCCGUUGUUACUUUCCCGGUUACGAUCCGGUCAGUUACCGAUCACUACAACUGCAUAUUUUCGUCGACGCGAGUGAACAAGCCUUCGCAGCGUGUGCUUAUUUCCGCAUCGUGGACCGAGAACGAGUACGUUGCUGUCUAGUUGCAUCGAAAACUAAAGUGGCGCCACUGAAACCUUUGUCAAUCCCUCGCUUGGAGUUAAUGGCAACAGUGAUAGGAGUGCGGUUAAGGAAAACAAUCGUCGAGAACCAUUCAGUACAGAUCCAAGAGACGUUCCUUCAUAGUGAUGCCACGACUGUCCUUUCCUGGAUCAAGUCUGACCCACGUCGCUAUCGACCAUUCGUUGCUUUCCGUAUCAGCGAGAUAUUGACUAUGUCUACGGUUACAGAAUGGCGAUGGGUCCCCACUAAACUCAACGUCGCUGACGAACCCACAAAAUGGGGACGAGGUCCAUCGUUUGAAUCAGAUAGCCGUAUCAUGAUUGGACCUUUGUUCUUAUGUGAUGAUCAACAAGAGUGGCCGAAGGAUUGCAGAACGACGAAAAAGACGAAGGAGUCGGAGGAAGAACUUAGACCAGCAUAUGUGUUUAGUCAUUUUAUAACGAAACCGUUGCUGAAUCUGGAAAAAUUUUCUAAAUGGAAACGUCUACUGCGGAGUGUUGCGUACAUUCACCGUUUUGUGUUCAACUUAAAACAAUGUUGCAACAAGGGACCAGUCGAGAAAGGAGCACUUACGACAGCCGAGUUGCAGAAAGCAGAGCGUACUCUUUAG